AUGGGAAGAGGGACUGGAGGAGUGAGAAUGCCCAGAAAAUCCGAAGGAGCUCCAUCAAGGGGAGCCCCGCCAAACGGAAAUCAGGGUGAACGAGGUCAGCAAAAAGAGAGUUUUCAAGCUAGUCAGGUAGUGACCCCUUGUGUGAUUUGUGGAUACUGUAACAAGCCUAACCACACUGAAGCCGAGUGCUGGAGAAAACAAGGAAAAUGUCUGAUUUGUGGUAGUGCCGAGCACCAGAUUUCGAGCUGCUUUAAUGCCUCCAUGGAAGGAGAAAAUACCCAACAGCUUGCUAGGUCUGCUUCAAAGCAGUCAAGUGCCGAAGGAGGCCGACAAAAAGUGCCAACUAGGGUUUACGCCUUAGACAAUCAGCAAAUCUCUAACCCAACUGAAGUGGUGGAAUGUACGAUUCCCGUUUUUCAUCGCCUAGCUAGAGUUUUAAUUGAUUUCAGGGCAACCUAUUCUUUUGUAGAUCCUAACUUUAUGAAGGGUGUAGAUGUAAAGUGUGAUUUCUUGCCUUUUGAUUUGAAAGUUAAAACUCCUACGGGAAAUCAAUGCUUGAUUGCUAAUAAAGUUUAUAGGAAUUGUGAGAUUUGGGUUGGUGAGAGAAGAUUGUUGGCGGAUUUAAUGAGUCUAGCAAUUAAGUGA